GAAGGGGCGCGGCGGCGCACUGUAACGCCGGCGCUGGGAAGCGUUGGUGUGGGGCGCGCGGCGUGGAACGCGGCUGCGGCGGAGCCGGGGCUGGGGGGGCGCCGUUACCCUGCGUGUAUCCCCCCUCCCCUCUCACGAGACCUCGCGCUCCCCUGCGGCGCGCGCGGGAGGAUGAACCUGGAGCACCUGCGGCGGCGCGUGCGGCAAUACAUCGACCAGGUGCGCGCCGGGGGGGGGACCUGGCCCUGGGCAUGUGCUCUGCUGGAUGCUGCAGCCUGGGGCGGGGGCGGAAAUCCUCCCUUGCUGCUCCCUGUGUCAGGUGGUUUUUAAGCCUCGAGAUGAAAAUCUGGACCGCUCUCGGGGACAGAGCAGCCAGGGAUGGGGACGGGGACCCGGGGGCACCGCUGCUCCAGCUGGGACCUGAGGCUGGAGGGGCUGGCCCCUUUGCUUGGGGUCAGUCCUCCGAUUUGCUCCUUUUAGGGAUUGUGGGCACAGGACCACCAAGAAAAUGUAUAACCUGCCCUUAAACAAGUGGGGACUGAGAAAGGAACCAUGAAUUUCUUGGGGUAAACAAAACCAGGAACAGGGAAGGGAGUGAGGUCACAGGGUCAAAAUAAGGGAUCCGGAAGGGGACACUGGCCAGCACCCGCUAGCCCGUGAAAGAGUUGAGGGAGCUUGUGGAUUAGGGAUGGGAAUAUAAUUUAAAAAUGUGUCAAUUUAAGCUCUUCUAAUGAUAUUGCUUAAAUGAUUAACUGAUAGCACAGCAGCUGGGACGGGGCUGCUGCUAGCAGCUGCUUCCCUUGGGCCUUUGUUGGUGGGAGGGAGGGCAAGGGGGAGAUGGAGGUGGUGGGGGGCUCCCCUGGACCUGUGAGGUGGUGGGCAGCAGCAGAAGGCGAGCACUGGGAAGGAGCAGCUAACUGCUUAAUGUGGUUCCCAAACUUUGACAGGUUGAGCACCACCAAUUUAAAAUGAUACAACCUUAAGUGCCACCAGCAAUUUUUUGUCUUAUAGAGUAAUUAUAAUAAAUCUGUUAACGUGCAUCACUGACAGGUUGUCUGGGGACCACUGGGUGGUAAACGAAUGCCACAGAUUGGGAACCUCCUAAUUGAUGAGUCAUUAGUCCACCCCCUGUUUUCCUCUUAGGUUAUGGGUACUAGUCCCCCCCACUUGUCCCUCCCUCUUCCCUCCUUGCUCCUUCCUGCCUGCCCUGCUGUCUUCCUGUUCUAGAGACACUGUGCUGCUUUCUUUACGUUAACUGGUAAUGUAUUACUGGUAUAAAUAUACGUAUUGUUUAAACAUUUAACAUUUCACACACCUACUGCGGAAGUGGAGAGUGAAACUCUGCUCGGAGAGGUGAGUGGAGGAGUUACAGGACAUCAGCCUCGUUCACCCAGGUUCCUUCCGGCCAGAGGCUUCUUCCUGGGCUUAUAGGUGGCCAGCUUGCCCUUCCCUGUCUGGCCCAUGCACUUCUUCCAGAACAGGCACACCAGGCUGGUGGGACUACCCCACACCCCUCCAUUUCCAAGCAGAGCAUCCAGGGUCAGCUCAGGAAGGGCUGUGGCAAGAGCAUGCACUCCGGCCACAGCCUUUGGCUCUGCCCAGCAAGAGAGAUUAGGCUGGUCGGGAGCAGCCCAGUGGGGUGUAAUGCAACAGUAUCAAAGUGCCCUAUUUUGGGCAGACAAAGUUGCUUCACUAUCUCAUGAGGAACCUCAGGACAUCUAUUGGCUGGCCCAGUGUCUUUACUUGACAGCACAGUAUCAUAGGGCAGCACAUGCCCUGAGAUCACGCAAGUUGGAUAAGUUAUAUGAAGCAUGUCGAUACCUUGCAGCAAGAUGUCAUUAUGCUGCAAAAGAGCAUCAACAGGCCCUUGAUAUUCUUGACAUGGAAGAGCCAAUCAACAAAAGACUAUUUGAGAAAUACAUGAAAGAUGAAAGUGGGCUCAAAGACUCCAGCAGUGAUUGGGAGAUGUCACAGUCCUCUAUUAAGAGCUCUAUAUGUCUUUUGCGAGGGAAGAUCUAUGAUGCUUUGGAUAAUAGAACCCUAGCAACCUACAGCUACAAAGAGGCAUUGAAGCUUGAUGUUUACUGCUUUGAAGCAUUUGACCUUUUAACAUCACACCACAUGUUAACAGCACAAGAAGAAAAAGAACUGCUUGAAUCUCUACCUCUUAGUAAACAGUGUAUGGAAGAACAAGAAUUGCUACAUUUUCUAUUUGAGAAUAAACUGAAAAAGUAUAACAAACCUAGUGAAACAGUGAUUCCGGAAUCUGUAGAUGGCCUCCAGGACAAUCUGGAUGUUGUAGUAUCCUUAGCCGAAAGACAUUAUUAUAACUGUGAUUUCAAAAUGUGCUACAAGCUUACAUCUGUGGUAAUGGAAAAAGAUCCCUUCCAUGCAAAUUGUUUACCUGUGCAUAUAGGGACACUUGUGGAAUUGAAUAAAGCAAAUGAGCUUUUCUAUCUUUCUCAUAAAUUGGUGGAUUUGUACCCAAACAAUCCUGUCUCGUGGUUUGCUGUAGGAUGUUACUAUCUCAUGGUUGGCCACAAAAAUGAGCAUGCCAGAAGGUAUCUCAGCAAAGCCACUACACUUGAGAGAACCUAUGGACCUGCAUGGAUAGCAUAUGGGCAUUCAUUCGCAGUUGAGAGUGAGCAUGACCAAGCAAUGGCUGCCUACUUCACAGCAGCACAACUGAUGAAAGGCUGUCACUUGCCAAUGCUGUACAUUGGACUGGAGUAUGGUUUGACCAACAACUCAAAGUUAGCCGAAAGGUUUUUCAGCCAAGCCUUAAGCAUCGCACCUGAAGAUCCUUUUGUUAUGCAUGAAGUCGGAGUGGUUGCUUUUCAAAAUGGAGACUGGAAAACUGCAGAGAAGUGGUUUCUUGAUGCAUUAGAGAAAAUCAAAGCUAUUGGAAAUGAGGUAACAGUUGACAAGUGGGAGCCUUUAUUGAACAACUUAGGACACGUGUGUAGAAAGCUGAAGAAGUAUGAAGAAGCAUUAGAAUAUCAUCGGCAGGCUCUAGUAUUGAUUCCUCAGAAUGCCUCUACCUAUUCUGCCAUUGGAUACAUACACAGUCUCAUGGGCAAUUUUGAAAGUGCAAUUGACUAUUUUCAUACGGCACUUGGUCUUAGGAGGGAUGAUACAUUUUCUGUUACCAUGCUUGGACAUUGCAUAGAAAUGUACAUUGGUGAUUCCGAAGCUUACAUCGGAACAGAAAUUAAAGACAAAUUAAGAUGUUAUGACUUUGAUGUUCACACCAUGAAGACAUUAAAGAACAUUAUUUCACCUCCCUGGGAUUUCAGGGAAUUUGAUAUAGAAAGACAGACUCUGUUUGAAAGUGGUAUUGUGACAUUGGAAGCACCACAUCAGAAGAAAACUACAGAUGCCAGUCGUCCAUUAGAAGAAACCUUUGAGAUUGAAAUGAAUGAAAGUGAUAUGAUGUUGGAAACAUCAAUGUCAGAUCAUAGCACAUGACUCUAAACACUGGAACAGAUCUCAUCUUUGUCAAAUUGUAACACACUUUAUUUUUGUGGUUUUUUUCCUCUCCUUGUCAUGGAUUUGGGAAUUUGAUAUUUUUAUAUGAAACCCAACUACUCUAUAUGUAACACCGGAAGUAAUGCCUGCCUUAAGAAUGAUAUAAUAUUAAUUCCCAAAGGUUAAUUCAAACUUUGUUUCUACAGAAUAAUCAUACACAAUGAAAUAAGUAAAAUGCAUGUAUUGUUCUUAGAACUGUUUACUGUAUCCUGUGACUGCCAUUAAGACUGUGAAAGCUUAAAAAUAGUACUUAAAAUAGUUUACAGUUCAUUUCAAAUUGAGUAGCUGAGACCUGUUGUAGUGUUGUUGUGGCUGCAAAGGUUUCUCUCAUCUGUGAGGAACAUACCAUUAAUUGUUGAAAAAUAACUAGAGUUUUGAUGCUAAUAUAUUUUAGUCUUUUAAGACAGGAAUUAUUGCAACAAUCUUCAUUAUUUUGUUUAACCCCUGCUUACAUUCAGGGAGAGCCUUUUUUUAUCAAUUCAAUCGAAUUUGGUAUAUAUUAAAUUAAUGUCAAAGCUUUUAAAGCAUGGUAGUGAAUGUGUGUUGUCCUGUUUAAUCACUUUUGUUCAUUAAAAUCAUACUCGUAUUUCUAUGCUAUAUUACUAGACAAUUUAAGCAGAACUGAUUAGGCAGGAAAUGUGAAUUGCACAUAUUUGGAAUAGCAAAGAAAUUUUGAGUUGCAUCUGAUUACAAUUUUCUGAAAUCAGUGAUGCCCUUGGAACUAUUUUUAAAAGUUAGUUUGACAAUAAACACAAUGCAAGCCACAUAGUACUGCUGUAGGGCUGUAGAAAUUCUCUACCUUGACAAAAUAAGUGAGUGUAAAAGAAAAAGGGAAGUGUGUGUACAGUUUUUAUGAAGUCUCUAAACCUGUGGUAUUUUACUUUUGAAUAUGCUACUUGUUCAUUGAAAAUAGUGAAGCAAAGUUUGUCUUUCAUGAACUGAGAUGCUGACUAAACCAUAAAUCAUUCAAUAAACUUAGCAAGGCCUUCUAUGC